GUUUUUUGAAGCGAAUGUUGUUGUGCAACAGAAGUGGAUGGUCACUGAAACCUGUAUCUUUUUUUGUAGCAUUGACUUUUUGUAGCACGCGUUGAAAUUUUCAUUUGGAUAAAAAUCGUUCUUGUUUUACGACUGUACAAAAUUCAAAAUUGAUAACUAGCCAGUACUCACUCUCACUGACCACAAGUGUACAAAAUCUUUUGAUCGACUAUUCGUCUUUGCUGUUGGUUUUUUUCAUGCGUUUCUUGUACUGCAGGAGAAGGAGAACGGUCACGGUCCAAAAGAGGAAGCUAUCCGCUCGGUGACUGUCAACGAAGUUUUGCAAUUUGAUUUCGUUGAUCUGGCCACGCAAAACUGGGACCCACCGCCAGACUCUCUUGGGACAAUGUUUCGCGUGCCGUGCUUGCAGAAGCGCAAGGGUAUCUAUUAUAUUCACUCAGGCAUUUUUGCUAGUUUCGCGGAGCCAAGCGGCACUUCUCAUACUGCUGUGCAUAGGUACAACAUCUGCGUGCAUCAGAAGCGAUUGAAAGUCAAUGUUGGAAUUUUGAACUCAGGUAACGUGGCGAAGACUCGGCCCUACAGCCACCCAGAGCAGCUGCAGCAGAUACCGUACCAUCACAACAACUACACAAACCCAAGCUACUAUCCACAGGAACAGCACGACCAAAGCCAAGGCUCUGGCUAGUUAGUGUCACAGUAUCCAUGCACUUUUCUCUUUCCGUAAGCACACAUGGUGCCGCGUUUGUAUCACCAAAACGUGCUGGAGAAAGGAUACAACUACCUGAGAGGCUUCAAUUUUGCUCGGCAUAGCUCCGAUCAGUUCGAGGGCGGCAACGGGAACGGAAAGAGACGAUCAAGCAGACCGACCCGGGACGCAAAAGACUACUACUUUCAUCCCAGUGCGUACUGCAGAGGAAAAAUUUCUCACACGACAAGAUGCCUUUGUUCUUACAAAUUUUUAGGACAACUGUAUAGAUGCUGGGAACAGAAGGCGAAUUGCCUGGCGAUUCCCAUAAGUAUAAUUCUUUCACGUACAGCUUUAAGGGUUCUGCAUCAGGCAUUGAUUUGCAUGCAGAGAAGUUCUUUUCUGAUGCAAAAAAAGAAAAACCGAACGCAUGCGCAGCAUAUUGCUUGUGAAAGGCUUUUUCCUACCAUACUACUUCGUCCUCAUCGUCGUCCGGCGUGGGGCCGCACCAUUUUUACCAGCAUCAUGGGUACUAGAAGCAUUUUUCUUUAUACUUAUGUGAUCAGCAUGAGACCAUGAGGACGCGAUUGUCCAACAAGUAAGAUAAAGAUUACGAAAGUCCGUACUGAGAUGAAAGCCGAGAUUGCGCAAUCCACACCUUUUCCAAAUGUUGGAUCGAAUCUCGUUGUGGUCGCAGCGCAUUCGCAGGAGAAUCGAAGCAGGAAAAUUCAAACCCGCCCGUCUACAGCUAUCCGGAGCAUGACGCUUACCGGCAGCCAAGCUACGAGAUGUCAACCACAGUCUACAUAUGCGUUGCAAUCACGACUGGGUCGGGAAAGUUCAAGUUGCCAGAUUUUAAUGCUGAAGCCGCAACAUGCCGAUGCCCCUGAGCUUUUACUUUGUGGUGCGUUAUUGAAAAGCGCUGCCUCUUUGUCAUGCACUCAUGAGGGUUGCGGUUACGCUUACGCACUACGAAACGACUCAGAAAUUUCUUAUGCGUGGGUGCGCACGGGAGUCAGAUUUUCAUUCAUCUAUUUAGCGUCACAACUUAUUUCUAGACCCAGACGUGCUUGCAGUUGAUACUCCAGUGACCCCGUGUACAGUGACAGCAGUUCAGCUACGACAGGAGAAAAGCACACCACCACCACACCCAAAGAAGCUUUGUACAGCAUGCUCCGUGUCGUGCAUUGAUGAGUGGAGGCAGUAUCAAGUUGUGCUACUCAAAAACUUAGAGCCACACACAAUGUUGUGGUUUUUGGCUGCGAUCAGAGCAAUUAUCAUCGCCUACAAAAAGGAUAUUUCGUACAAGAAAGACGCAUCGAAAAUGAUCUGUCGUUGCCUGGGCGUGAUACGUGGUGGAAUGAAUGCCUUUUUCCAUACUAACCGACGAAUAUUACGGUUACUACACGGAACCGGAAGUGGACGACGAUCGAUUUCCGAAUGGAAAUCUGGUAUAUAAAUAUAUCGCGGUAGUAGAUUUCAGCGAAAUGAAUUGGAAAAGCACAUAAGUACUUCUAUAGCAAUGCUCCCAAAAGACUAUUUUUCUCAUUGUUGGUCAUGGAAAUCGAUCCCGCACACACGAUCGCCCCAAAUGACGCCUGUUCCCAAUGAAAUGACAGAUCUGAAUAGCCUGAACUAUCUAGAUCCUUAGGGAAAUGGUCAGAAUCUAUCUAGAUCCUAAAGGAAUCUCUUCACCAUGUUCCGCGAAUCCCCCAAAUACUACGAAGGCAAAGCCGUCAGGAUCGUAGUGAAAUGAAUGGACUCAGCUCGGUCCAGACGUUCAGAAUGGUCACCCUGGGGGACUUGACUCCCGCCAGGGUCGAGCACCAAUCUGAGCAGGUUGAGGAGUGGACUCCCAUGCUGUUUUGGCUACUUGACUCUGAACCCGAUUGGUCCAUAUGAAUGUGAUGAAUUUGGAUGAAUUGAACCUACAGGAUGAAACGCAGCAAGAGACUUGCGUCACUUGCUUGCUUACUUGCAAUUGAGAGAAUUCAUAGAAAUGCUGUUGAUAACGAGCACAGUGGAGCAAACGUGUGUAAGUGUGUGCGAGUGUUCUCAAGUCCACUAACACUACGCUACGCCUUGAGACUCAAACUGGCUCUUCUAGUCAGAUAAGUUUAUUUGAAAUAAUGGGCCAAGAGGCAAAGCUGGUGGAGAAGUUGUCCAGCGCGCAGGACUGGCGUGUCUGGCGUCGCGGGGUCACGAACGAGGUUUCUCGCCUCGGACUCCAGGAGUAUUGGGAUAAUCGUCUUGCUGGUAACCCUCCGGGGAUUCCGCAGGCGGCCAAUGCUGCCAACAACGCGAUCCGGGAGAAGUGGCGCGACCUGAAGGAUGCCAUCUACAAGUCGUGUACCGGGUCCGUGUCCACGUGGGUCAACAGUCAGCACUACAUCAACGACGACGCUGCGCAGUUGUUCAUGCGUAUUCGUGAUGUUGGUCGCUUCAAUGUUGCCUCCCGUGACCAGCAGCACAUCAAGACGUCCUUGAUCGACGCCAUGCACUUCGACAACCGCGACGCGCCGAAGGAUGCUCCGACGUUCCUGGCCCAGAUCCACGACUUGAUGGAGAUGGCGCCGAGUGUCUACGUCCCGGAGCCCGGGCGUCCGGUCGAAGAUCAUCAUGUGAAGAACACUCUGGACAAGUUGCCCAAGAUGUUUGCGUCGGCCUUCCGCCAGACCAUCGACCGCUGCGUGGACGAGUCCGAUCACAUCACCCUCCAGCAGAUCGGCGACCGUCUCGAGAAGAAGCUCGCGCAGCUGGUCAAGGAAGGUUCCUACAAGAUCGAGAGUCCGUCCUUCGGCAAGGCUUUCCCGGUCGUUGAGGAAAAGACGAAGAAGAAGAAGGUCAGAAAGAUGUUGAUGAUGAGGAGCCGGACUCCGCUGAUGAUGGUCAGAAUGCUGCUUCUGGCAAGGUGUUCUCGGCGAAAGCCUUGAAACGCAUGAAAGCCAAAUUACGCAAGCAGACCGAAGCGAGUGUCUUGGCUGCCCAUGGCCUGCCCCCGAAAGCUAACGCCAAGGGCGGAAGUGGCCAGAAAGGUGGUGAGACUGGUCGGAACCAGAGCACUCCCUACAACACUGUGACCAAACCCAAAUGCUGGAUCUGUGGCAAGGAAAACCAUAAGGCGGACCGUUGCCGCUGGAAUCCUAACAAUCAAGGGAAAGGUCAGUGGGGUGGUGCCUGGGGAAACCAGCAGCCGCAGUGGUGUCCGCCGGUGAACCAGAAUCAGACGAACAACCAGAAUCAAGGGCAGGGAGCCGGUGGAAAGCAGGAUGGUUGGGUCUGGCAAGGACCAGCCUGACAAGAUGAAGGAGGUGUCUAUAUCUCGGAGUAUGGUAGUUGUAUGCUAAAUUUCGAGAAUUUAGAAGAUUUCGAUGUAGAUUCUUCUAGCUGUUUUACUGCACAGACCAAGGACGAAGUGAGCUUGGUCGAUUCAUGUGCAAACAAGUAUUUAUCUAGACACAAAUCGGAUUUUAUUGACAUCUCGAGCAACGUCUGUCGCAUCAGCGGCACGGCCGGGGCUCGUGAUGGUUUUGUAGGAAAACUGAAGGAAAACGCUCUAGGUUUGCCCUAUGGCGUCUACUUCAAACACUUGCCAAGAGAUAUUGAUCGUAUUCUUCCGUGGCUCGGUGAGGACAAUCUCAGUGAUCGUGGGUGGGAUCUGAACUACAACAGCUCUGGCGGUUCCUUAGUCAACAGGGAAUCCGGUCAGAUGCUACCAAUCAAGAACCACGAGAGGUUGACCCUCCCAGUCCUUGGGUGUGAUCUUUUCGUGAUGGGCCUCCGGGGUCAGGCGACUAGAGACACCGCGGAGGAUAUUGCAUGCAUUACAAUCGAAGAAAGUAUUGCUAGUUGUCACCUUACGCGUCUAGAACAACAUAGAGGAUUCGGACACUUUCAUGUAGAUGGUCUGAAUGUCCAGUGCCCUGAAUGCGACAAAGCGAAAGGCGCGAGAAGCUCUCACGCAAAAGAGCGAGACACUAGUAAUUACAAACCUGAGCCAUUGAAACUACUCGCGAUGGACUUCGCGGUAGGUAUUAAACCUGUAUCGAUUCGGUCACGCACCUGCGUGCUUGUGGUCAUCUGUGAUGCCAUCAAGAAGUGUUUCUGUGUCCCUCUUAAGCUGAAAAGCGACUGCGUUGAGGUUUUGGAAGAAGUGAUAAAAGGCAUUCGCCAGAGCUACGCUUUGACCCUCGAGGACAAAGUGGUGUGGUUCGUCCGUAGGGACAGUGAGCCAGUUCUGGGCAGUGACUCCAUGACCAAGGUCAUGCAAUCGCUGCGGGUCGGUGAUGCUCCUACGGUUCCCUACAACCCAGAGCAGAGCGGAACCUGCGAACGCUUUAUGCGGACCAUAUUCGGCGCUGUGCGUGCGAUGUUGGUGAACGUGGACAAGCGUCUGUGGUGCUACUCGGUCGAGUACGCUGCAGCAUGCUGGGACCGCCUUCCGCAUAAGUAUAGCAAAAUGCCUGAGUACGACGGAAAGACUCCUGCAGAGAUUUUGGAUGAGAGAACUGGAAGAAAUAGUUCCAAAGUUGGCACAAGGAUGCUAAGGCGUUUUGGUUGUCUCGUUUAUUUUCGUGAACAAGUCAAGAAAGGCGAAGUUCAUGAAGCUCCUGAGGGGGGAGUAGCAGUGGUAGCUCCAAAGCUGGCCGCGCCAUUUCGUCGUGGUGUAUUUCUCGGCCUUUGUCCUAAGUCUUCGGGCUGGCGGGUUGGGACGUAUGUCAUGGACGGCCGGUCCGCCGCGGGACAUCGUUGGAUAGAGUAUUCUACCAUCGACGUCAAGUUCCGUGAGGAGUGCCUCGUGAAGAAUAUUGAGGACCUAGUUCCUAACUCGAAAGGUAUCUAUGUCGAGUGUGACGCAAUCGAGGCCCUACCUAGUGGAGCGUCGUGUGCGCCAUCUCUCCCGUGCGUCGGUCCUGAAAUCGGGGCUGUGCGUCGGCUGGGGGUGGAUGUCUCGGAGCACGCUAGUAGGCAGCCUGACGGUCCUGAGACGUUAGUGAUUGAGAGUUUGGAUAGGGAAGAUGAUCCGGGCCAGAUAGAUCCCGAGCCUGAAGGUGUUAAACCUGAGGAGGGGAAUCUGGACGAUCACCCCACUCACAGCAGCUUAUCUAGUCCAAGAAAGGCGAGCCCGUCUCCGGCAAGGAUUGUGGCUGGCAACCGCACCUCCAAGCCGCGAGGUCGUGGCCGUCCCAAGGGGAGAAAGGACAAGAGAAAGCGCGUGAGACGUACACGAAAAGAGCUCGACGCACUGAAGAAGGACGCGAGUGCGUUUGCCGCAGCAAUAGCAGCACAGGAUGAUCGAGAGGAAGGUGAGGAAUUCCUCGACGUCCAGUGUUAUUUGACUACAUCGGCCAAGUUGGAUCCUGCUCGUUGCAAAGACUCAGUCGAAUGGAACGCAGCAACCAACAAGGAAGAUUGUAGACUUGAAGCCUGUAAAGUGUGGGAGCCAGCUACUGACGAGGAGCUAGCGACCGCAAAACAGGUUUUGCCUAUUGCUAUCCUUCUUACCGAGAAGCGUGACGGUACGAAGAAAGCGCGAGCAGUAGCACUCGGUAAUCUUGAUCGUUCGGGCGAGCUGGACACUUUCGCUCCUGUUGUGUCCCAUGCCGCUAACAGGUUACUUCUAGCCGGUGCAGCCGCAGACGGUGAUGAUGUGAUCCCGUUCGACCUUGAUAGUGCGUUUCUCAGUGCCUUACUUGAUCGCGACGUCUUCUGCCGCUUGCCACCCAUCUGGGCGAAGAAGCACGGCGUGGAGAUCGUCAAGCUCAAGAAAGCGCUUUACGGCUUGAAAGACGCCCCCAGGCUCUGGUAUAAGAAGUAUGGGGAAGUACUGACCAAGCUAGGUUGGGAACCCUGUCCCUCUGCGCCAGGUCUGUGGAAGAAACCGAGCUUGGAACUCCCUGGGAAGUUUCUGAAGUUGGCAGUGUAUGUCGACGAUAAUCUUAACACAGGUCCUCCGACUGGGUCCGAGUUGGCUGGAGAACUUGCGGAGAUCUUGCACCACGUCAGGGGGCGCAUGAUCGACGUCGAGCUUGUUCCGGAGUUUAACUCUGUGUCCAAGAAGUUUGACUUCCUAGGGUCAGUAGUGUACUACAGCUGGAAUCUACGAGCCGUCAGGAUCGUGAUGUCAGAGUACAUAUCCAAGAUUUGUAAGAAAUUCAACGUCUCAGAAGCGGGCAAGCCGGUCCACUCGCCAAACUUCGAUGAGUCUGAACUCGCUAAAGAAGUUGAAGGAGCUAAAGUUAUUGCAGGUUUUCCCCUUCGAGAGGUCGUUGGCUCUCUGCAGUGGGCUGCAACCACCUGCAGGGUAGACAUUGUUGUCCCGGUUGCCACUGUCGCGAGAUACGUAGGCAAGCCGGCGACUCGGCCUGUCGUAAACGCCUGUAAGAAGAUUUUGAAGUAUCUAUUGACAACGAAAGAGCAGGGUCUGUCGUAUAGUCCGGAAAUUGAGGAAGAAUUCAACAGAAUCUACAGCAAGCUACUGCCCGACGGGAGAGACUUGCCUGAUGUGAAUCUGUUUUCGGAUGCUAGUUUUGCGAACUGUUGCAAGACCAUGCGAAGCACUAGUGGUAGCAUUAUGUACUUCCGCGGCUUCCCGAUCUGUUGGCGUAGCAACCGGCAGACCGUGAGGGCGUACUCCACGGCGGAGGCGGAGUAUAUAGCUGCUUCCGACACUAUUGUGCUGAGCGAGCAGAAUGACUUUACAGAGUUCUUCAAACCUCUACCCACUGUCAUGGUGGAAAAGCAGAAUGGCUUAUCUCCCUCCCUGGAUGAUGCCAUAUUGUGGAUCGACAACCAGUCCGCGAUAACUACAGCUAAGAGCACAGACAACAAACCGAAAUCGAGGCACUACGCACUGCGAUAUCUCCGCGUGAGAGACGCAGCGAGCCAGAUCAUGUUCUGCCCGACCUACCUAAUGAAGGCAGACGGUCUCACGAAGCUCGAGUGUAGUGUGCCGCAGAGACGCUUACUCUUGCACCAUAUUGAUAACCCCGACCCUAAGUCUUUUAUUUGUGACUCCUCUGACGAUGAGGAUGAUUUAGACACGUUUAUAGAGGGGAAUCACAAGGGCAAGGCUAAAGUAGGCUAUACUUAUUCGAUUUAUUUUGGUUUCUAGAGGGGAUAGCUAGUUCACCACAGCGCGCUCAGGAGGGGAGUGUGGUAGGACGCUAUCCAGAUUAGCACCACCGCCGCAGCGAUUGAGGAGGGGUGUUGGUCAUGGAAAUCGAUCCCGCACACACGUAACACGAUCGCCCCAAAUGACGCCUGUUCCCAAUGAAAUGACAGCUCUGAAUGACCUGAACUAGCUAGAUCCUUAGGGAAAUGGUCAGAAUCUAUCUAGAUCCUAAAGGAAACUCUUCACCAUGUUCCGCGAAUCCCCCAAAUACUACGAAGGCAAAGCCAUCAGGAUCGUAGUGAAAUGAAUGGACUCAGCUCGGUCCAGACGUUCAGAGUGGUCACCCUGGGGGACUUGACUCCCGCCAGGGUCGAGCACCAAUCUGAGCAGGUUGAGGAGUGGACUCCCAUGCUGUUUUGCCACUUGACUCUGGACCCGAUUGGUCCAUAUGAAUGUGAUGAAUUUGGAUGAAUUGAACCUACAGGAUGUAACGCAGCAAGAGACUUGCGUCACUUGCUUGCUUACUUGCAAUUGAGAGAAUUCAUCGAAUUGCUGUUGAUAACGAGCACAGUGGAGCAAGCGUGUGUAAGUGUGUGCGAGUGUUCUCAAGUCCACUAACACUCAUCAGUUUCCAAAAAAAAGAAAACAAAAACCUACACAAAGGAAUGGCGAGCAGACCCGUGCCCAACUGUAGGACCGAAGUCCCUGAAGAUGGCGCUCGGAAGUUAUCAUGGGAUAAAAAAGUUAUAGACAGCUGCGGGUCCUGCAAGAUGAAUUUGCUGCAUGCAACAAUCGACUGCAUUUUUUUAGCACAACGGCACAGCCGGGCCCAGAGCCAGUAGUUGCACCAUUGUCUUUGGCAUUCUUCCUCAUUUCCGCCUAGGAGAGAGGACCACGACCAGGGAGAGGCAUCAAUUAAUGUGUCUGAGAAUGGAAAGAAAAAGAAUAAGAAACGUAGAGAGAUCGUACCGGUUUGCAAUUUGAAGCAGUGCAGCACUCGCAGCAUUACUAUGGCCUUUUUUCAUCUGCAUAAGCUCAUCACCUUCACUGCGGAGCAAGGCAUCCCACUGGGCGUGAUGCGGAAGGACAACUCGUUUUUUCUGCGGGUCGAAAAGUGCCAGCCGGCGUUCAACGAAGUGCAUCACGAGCAGAUCGAGCAGCUCUAUGGCAUGAAACUACCACCGAACGCCGAAGACAAAACUCAGUUCUGGCCGGAAGGGGCGUUCAACACCUACUGUAUUUAUAGUGUUCUCACAGUUGUUUCUUGCUAUUGCGUGCCUCCCCCUGUUGCAGUUUCUUCUAUAGGCACAAAGAUAGUGACUGCGUGCUGUGGCAGCUAGUUGCAGUUUUCAAAUAUUGAGAAUAUGUACUAGCACGAAUUUGAUGAGUUACCAACACACACUAAAGGUAACAACCAGAACCCGUAUUUGAAGGAGCGAAUGCUGGUCACGUACCGAAAGUGGCACGACGACCGGUCGCGCAUGGCCGAGCUCACCGACAAACUGAUCCACCUGAAACAGAAGCGCGCUGCUCGGUACGGCAAAAACGAGGAGAAAAGUACGAGCAAGUGA